AGGUUUUAAAUGGCAUUUUUUUUCGGAACACUAUCAGGCAGACAAUCGGAAGAAAAACCUGGCAUUUUCCGUUUUGGCUUUCAAUUUUUAGUUUGUUGAUACUUAUCUGGUGAUACAUUUUCUUCCUUGAAAUUUCACAGGACUUCUUUAUCCCGUUACUUCCCUUGAAAGUGGGGCCGUGGUUGAGUUUUAGAAUUUCCGCCGGCACUUGAACGCCACUUGACGACACCCGGGCUACGGUAGCUAGCUUCACGGAAAUGACAUUUUUAAAGCCUUUCUUCUUAAUGAAUUGUUUUUUUAUGCUGCUAGUUAGCUUCUAAAGCGUCGGUUUUAUGACUUCAUAUACGGGGAACACUUAAAAAUUUUGUGCAGCCAGCUUUAAACGAGAAACUCGGACAGUGCUGCUAAGCUAAUAUAUUUGACUAUAACAACAAACAACCUGCUUUUAAAUAAUCUAGUGAUAAUAUGGAUAAGUUUGUCGUGCGGCUUCAAAAAGGGGAAACCCUUAAAAAGUCCAGCUCCAAUGAAAAGGUUUACAGACAGGCUACAAUUGAGUCAUUGCGGCGAGUUGUUGUGGUUGAGGACAUCAUGCGCUACAAAUCCACGUUGGAGCUUCCUGGCCAGUGCAAAGAGAACCUGCUGGAGGCGCUCACGGAGCUGAGCAAGAAGAUUCCAUCUAAAGAGGUGCUCAAGUCCACGAGAAUAGGUCACACAGUCAACAAAAUGAGGAAACAUGAGGACCCAGAGGUGAGUUCCCUGGCAGCAAAGGUGUACACAGACUGGAGGACGUUCAUAGAGGAGAAUUCCAAUAAGCCGUCUAUUGAGGUGCGCUGCGACAAGCAGUCUGAAGGACUUCGCAGCAACGCGCGCAGACUAAUGGCGGAAGCCCUGGAGGUCAAGGAGGAGUCGGGACUCAUCGACAACAUGGAGAGAGAGGUGUUCCACCAGAGCUCCCGGCUGGUGAGCAGCUCGUACCGGCGCACUGUCAGAGCUCUUGUGUUUGCCUUCAAACACAACGCCGAAGUCCGAGUUCAAGCGAAGGACAACACGAUACCAGUCAACCAGCUUGUCGCCAAGUAUAAGAAAUCAUGAGAACAUUUACAUCUGCUUUUUAAUGACAUGUUAUUUUUUUACAUCCAUGUGCUUCUUUUUUAACAAAUAAAUUGAAUAAAAAGUCUUUGGUGCUGCGCUACAGCAGCACCAGCCAGAUAAUGGCGAUCACCAUGAGGAUCACGGCGAGGACGCAGAUGCUGAUGAAGACGAUAUCGCUCAGGUCGUGGGGCUCCGCUUCAGGACUCCCCGAACUCCCGGCGCUGGCCUUGUCCACCUGCUGCGCCUGCUCCUCCAGGCGGCGCUCCUCGGCCGAGAUGAUGGACACGGUGGCGAUCUUUCUCUGCGCGUCGCACUGAACCUUGUACUCCUGGAUGUUCUGCUGCUUCCCGCCGGAGAAGUCGAUGUAGAGCUUGUUCACCAGCAUGGUAAUGUUCCGAUGUUUCUGUCCAGGUGUUCAGAAAUAUCAGUCUGAUCGUGCUUGUAUGGUCAUGAUCAAAGACGAGCUGUACCUGACUCGCCGUCCCGCAGUUGACAAACUGAGCCAGGAUCUUGUAGGAGGUCGCGGUGAGGGAGGCGGUGCAGGUGGGGUUCCCCAGGUAGAUGCUCUCGCGGUCCAGCUGUGGCAGCGACUGCAGCGGGAUCAGGAUGGUGAAUUCUGAUCUGGUGCAACUGACAUUCACAGGCACGACUGGGAGAGGAAGAGAAGUCAGUGGCAGGGCCUAGAAUAGCCUCACAUCUGGUCUCCCUUACCUCCCAGGUAGGAGGCGGUGAAGCCUUGAUGCGCUUCGUUCCUGUCGGUGCUCAGCACCACCAGCAGCUUGUUGCCCCUGGAGACCAGGGAGCGAGGCUUUUCUCUGCCGCACCAGCGGCCCAGUAGAGGGUCCGUCUGAGCGGCUCCGUCAUAAACCGCCACGGAGUCAUAGUCGCAGCGGUCGGACAAACUGUUGCGGUCCUCCAGGUCCAUGAACGGGAAGAAGAGCUUGAUCCGAUAGCCUGCGGCCAGAGAGAUGCUCCAGUGGCAGUUGAUGUUGUUGGGGUAGAUGUUGGGGAAGUGAGGGCUGCUGAAGUUUCCGCUGACCGCAGACAGAACCUGCUGGCAUUCACCUGUGGAAGGAGAUGUGAAUCUAUUCUCACUCUGAAAAUCCAAGCCCAGAUGGACUUGCCCGGGCGUUGGAUUGGUGUGAGGUUUGUCAGAGAUGAUGUUUGGUCUGCUGCAGAAGUGCUGAAUGCCUAUCCCCAUCUCACACCGGAGUCUUUCAUCUGCUUCAAUCUUUCAUGUGCGGGCGUGUUUUGAACGUGAUGUAAUGUUUGGCUGCUCCCUGAGCGUCUCAGAGGCUGGUGUUUGAGCUGUCAGUCCGAUUAGGAAUCAUAUCUCUCACGUUGACCUAUAUACCUGUGUGUGGAAGGAGGCCGUCUGUGUGGAGUCAUUAUGACCACCUGCCUGUCAUGGCUUUUAUCUCGUCUUCAUUUGAUCAUAUAUCGAUGUUUACCUGAGUAGUAGUAGGCCUUGAAGCCCCUCCCUCCGAUGUUGAAGUCGGACUUGAAGACCACCAGCAGCUGGUUGGACGUGGUGACGGUGUUGGGAGGUCGGUCUGCUCCACAGAACCGGCCCAGGUGCCGGUGGGAGACGGUCGGUCCGUCGAACAAGGCGACAAAGUCAAAAUUACAGCCCUCGUUGUUCUCCAGCUGGAAGUCCAGGAAGACCAGAGUGACCCGGCUGCUGUUGGACACCUGGAUGCUCCAGGUGCAGUCGGCUGUGUUGCUGUACUCCUCAGGGUACCCGGGACUGGAGAUGACCCCGGACAGACCGCUCGACUGCAGACUGAAACUGCAACCUUUCCUGUAGCCAACGCUGAAUCCCCUGUGAGCCACGUGCCGGUCCGAGUGGAAGAUGAUGGACAUGACGUUCCAGGACGAGGUGAACUGAGGGGGAGAGAGGUCGCCGCAGUAGGUGCCCAGGAGGUUCCCCUCGUCUUCAGGCACGCCGUUGUAGAUCUUCACGUAGUCGUAGCCGCAGGUGGAGUGGUGCUCCAGCUCGAAGUGAUGGAAGGUGAGCAGCACAGAAGAUCCUUCUGCCACCACGAUCAGCCAGGAGCAGUCGAUGUUGUAGGGGUAAUGUCCCGGGAAGUUUGGGCUGGAGAUAUUCCCGGAGGAAGCAGACAGGAUUCCUCCGCAUUUCACUCCUGGUUGUUACAAAACAAGGAACACGUUCUGAAAUAACUGCACUAGGUUGUUUUUUUUAAUUAGUAUUCAUAUUAUUAAUACUAAUAAAAACAAUAUGAAUAAUAAUCAUUUCAAAGGUCAUUGUAGAGCAGAACAGUAGAAGAUUAAUAUUAUUUUGCUAAAUUAUGUUUAAUCUAUCUGACAGUACUAACACAAAUAUAUAUAAAUAUUAUACACCUUAUUUUUCGCUUUUGUUUGAGCAAAAUUAUUUCUUAAAAAUGUAAUGUUUUUUUGCUGGUAUUAAUUUCCUACUCCAUGUUUGAAAACAUUUUUUUUUUUUUUAUAAUUCCAACCCAAUUUAAAUUGCUGGCUUAUGAAUUCAUAAGGCAUCACAUGAAGACACACACUGAUCAACCAUAACAUUACGACCACCUGCCGUAAACUUUUCAUUCCCCGUUUUAGAGGUCAUUCAGUCUAUUUAAUGCAUGUAAAUGCUCAAAUAAAAAUUCAUUAAAAUGGGAAAAUACGAAUUAAGAUGUGCUAAAUAUAAAUAAUAAUGAUAAAAACAUUCAGAAAUCUACUGUAAUAAUAGUAUCUUAUUAUUUAUCAAAUUGAAUGAUUUAUAAAAUACCGUAACUGUAAAGUAACACUGGUAUUUGCAUUUUGACUUAUAAUUUUAUAUCACUAUAAAAGUUCAUAGCGUGAUAAAUAACAAUAUCUAUAUAAUAUAUCUCUAUAUCUAUAUAAUAUAAAGUGGGCCUGAUAAAUAACAAUAUCCUGAAGUGAUUGGCUGGUCACAGGGGGCGCUGUUGCCGCCACAUUUCUUGCUGCAGUUGCUAUUCUUCUAGUUGUACUCAUUCUCAUCCGUUGGCUUCUCUCAUGCCGUAUUUCCGCGAUACAUUCACCUCUUUGGUUCAACAUUUCCUCCAACAGAGAUAGCAACUCUGAUAAACGGCGGCGCGGCGGCGCGACACAGCCCGAGGCCCCAAGUUGUCUGAUAACCCAGAUUAAGCUGUCGGCUCUUAGUUUCUACCUUUUAAGGGACGACAAAUGGCAACUCACCUUUUUUCGGUUCAGCCUUGUGAACAAGCAGCAUUAGGUAAAUCAAUAGGCCCACGGCGGGACUCAUGCUGAUCUGGCUCGGGACAGUGGAAGGAGACAAAGGCGGUGUCACGGCGCUCAGCCUUGAGGCGGCCGCGCCGGCGGCGGCUGCGGUAAUAAGACUUUGAAAAAUUCAUCCCUGCUGCCUGAAUGAGUAACCUGAGCCGCACCUGCUUCGCCCCGCUCCCUACAUUUUAAUGACUGAUAUCCAAUGAGCAGCAGUGGCUUGUCAGGACACUGUUUGGAGAGAAGGCGAUACAUUUUUAAUGAUGCUCUCACACUCGGCAGCAGCUGCAACUUGGGCUGAUAACAGAGAGCAAGAAAGAGUUUGCAUUUGUCAGCGAUAUAAAUGGCUUCAUUAGAGACCGGUGAAGAGGAGCAGCGGAACUAUUGGGGUCACCGAGUCAGGGCCAGCCAGACCACAUUGUUGUUGUGUUGCGCUCAAAGUUAAUUGCUUCAUUUAAAAAAAAAAAAAUGAAGCUCCGGUGCGUUUGUCUUACUCCCUGCUUGUGUUUACUUUCAAAACACAUUUACACCGGUUCUUAUUGGAGGGAAAUUUGUGUUUAAACGUCAAUGAUUGAAUGACAAGAAAUGGUCUUUGGAUUUGGAGUUGUAGGACUCACUCAGCACUCGAUACAUGAGCGGAUGUGCAUGAAGCUUUACGAUGUUUUCAUUUUUUGCUGAAGACACCUUUGAACGUUCAAACUCAAAAUCAUUUCACGCUGGACUCCCUCAACAGACUGAAAAUCUUUGUUGGUCGUGAGUCCCACAACUGCAUUACUUUGUGGGUGUUUAGGUGUGAAUCCCACAGAUCUAAUCGAGGCCCUGUACUGCCCUGCCAGGAUGGACUCAUGGGACUAGCACAGUCCCAGAAAAGCUCACUAGAUAUUUUGGAAUUUAAGUUUUAUUGGCAAAAUGAGAAAUAAAAUAUUUGUCUGAAUAUUCUUUUCAGAAUUGAAGUAAAAGCAAACAAAAUGCAAUAAUAAUAAUAAUAAUAAUAAUGAUUUAUGUAUCAGUUAUUAAGAUUAACAUAUGGUAUUUGAAAUGUAAAUAUAAUUAUUAAAGAAUAAAACAGAUAAAAACAAACAACAAAACCAAGUCAAAACAAAGCUACUUUGGCAAGUUCUGCUGCUAAUUAACAUGCUACAUAAAAUGAAAUCCAAUAAAAUAAAUCCAACCUUUGCGCACCUAUAAUAAAAGGUGAUAUAAAUAUUAGGAAGAAUAAAGGCUGUCUAAUCUUCUCAU